GUGAAAGAAAAAACAACUCAGUCAAUUGAUUACAUGUCAUUCAUUCUUGCGUUUACCCCUCUCUCUCUCUCUCUAACAUGCAGAGACAAUCUCUUGGCUCUCCAGUCUCCAAGCUCCACAGCCAUGGAGGAGACGAUACUAUUGUAGCUAAAGAUCCGAGAUGCAGAGUUGCAGAAGACGACGAUGACAACAGCAAGCGCAAGGCAAGCAAGCCUCGCCGGUUGUCGUUCUCGCCGUUGUCUUCUCCACCGUUGCCGUCGACUUCCACGCUUGAAAAUUUUAUUCACCUCAUUCCAAUUCUCACUCUUCUCUGCUUCCUCAUCCUCUAUCUCUCCGCUCACGCUCCAUCUCAAUCAGAUUUGGCUCAUUUUGCUCAAUUCAAGCGUUCCUCUAAGCCUGGAAGCCGACGACGAUGGCGGAGAAGACGACGGCAAGAACGACAACCGACGAGGCUUGGUUGCCUUGCGCUCGUCGUUGUCAUCGUCGUCUUCCGCAACUCUGCAUCUCAGAUCUUCUGCUACAAUAGUAUCGUCUCCUCCAUGGUUGUGGAGCUUGGAGACUGGAGAGCCAAGAGAUUGUCUCUGCAAGUCUGCAUGCUAGAGAGAGAGAAAGGGCCCUAUGGGUUUGGGGCCCAUUUUGAUAGAUGGAGUACACUCUGCACUCUAGACCCCCAAAAGAAAGGGCGACACCUAUUCUUGGAUUUUGGAGAAGCUCCGAUCGGCGGUUCCAAACAUAUGGAGAAGCUCAAAUCGGCGGUUCCAGACAGUCUCAGAAGGAUGGUGGCGGAGAGCACCCUCGAUGAUCUUCCCUUGACCUCCUCUUCUCUUCUCGACUUCUUUCAUAGUCUACCGCAGUUUCAUCAAAUGGUUAAAGACUUGUCAGACCCAAAUGCGGCUCUUUGUCGCAAAAACCAGGAGGCUGCUUUUAAGUUGAAACACGACGGUAAUAGAUGUUUUGCUGCAGGAGAUCAUGCCCAGGCCUUGAGCUGCUAUUCUCAGGCACUUCGUGUUGCUCCAAUCGAUGUCGACGAUGGGGGCAAAAAUCUUCUUGCAACUAUUUAUGUCAAUCGAGCUUCUUUGUUUCAUAAAAUGGGACUUUUAAUUGAGUCUUUGCAAGACUGCAGCAGAGGUCUUCAGCUUUCUCCAAGUUAUUCCAAGGUAAAUAUGCUUGUAGAAGAGAAAGUGUACAUAAAUUGCUGAAACAUUUAAUAUAAUCAAUUACUAUGAUGCAAACUUGAUGAUAGCACCAUUUAUGUGGGGAAGACAGGGGAGUACCUUUUAAAUAGUGAGGUCUGUCAGACCGGAUGUUAAUCCCACUUAACUUAUUUGGACUCCCUCCAGCAUCUUUCCCUUGGACAUGAAUUUGUAUCAGCCUAAAAUCAAUAGGUGAGAAGGCCCAACUUGAAAAAAAAUUGCUUGAAACCCCAAACAGAAGUGAUGUGGGAUAAUACCACUUUAACAGUCUCUACAAUUUAUCUAUUCCCAUUGUUAAGCUUGGGCAAUGUCUUAUCACCACUGCAGGCAUGGUAUAGGAGAGGAAAAGUGAAUGCUUCUCUGGGGAAUUAUGAAGAUUCUGUUCGUGACCUAACUGCUGCUAAGAAUUUUGAGUUUUCCGUAAGUGGAAAGAGACAGAUAGAAAGUGAAUUGAAUAUAAUUUCUCAGCAUCAUGAGAGGGAAGACACUAAUCUGGUUCAACAAAAUGAGAAUGACAUGGUAGUGUCUGGUGGGAUAAUCGCAACUCUUAAGUGUCCAAAUGCUUUUAUCAUAUUCUUCAUUAGUAAUAAAUUAUAUUGACGUGU